UUUUUCACUGCUAUUCGAGAACGCAAAUAUUUUGCCCAUACAAGUAAGGAGAAUCGUUCUGAACAGGCUGUUAAAAAACUUCGGUACUAUGCCCGAUUUAUCAUCGUCUGCCUCUUGUUAAAAAGAGUUGGCGCUGUCAGAGAUCUAAUUAAGGAGUUGUCCAACCAAAUUAAUAACUAUGCUGAAUCUUUUGAUUUGGUUGAGCAUGCUGAAUGGAAAACCGUUGUUCAGGAGAUUCAAGAAUUUGUUGACGCUGACGAUGUAUGCACAGUUCUUAGCGGAGACUCGACUCCCGUUGUGAUCACCAAUCGGUUAUCGCAAUUCAAUUGUCCUGGAAUCGAAAAGGCCAUCUCUCACGGUAGCGGAUUUAAACCUCUCGAACUUUCCGAAAUCAUUAUUGUCGGUAAUUGCUUCGAACAAAUCCACUUCAGUGAGAUCACUCUGGACAUGUUCCGCAUCCUACAGUGUGUGGAGCGUGAUCCACAAGACAACUUCGGGAACACAAUGGUCGGUCUACGACCACAGAGGAGCCUCGAAAAUGGCGAUGGUUGUGAUGCCCCUGUUGCGGGGGCCGCCGCCCCUAACGAACAGAAGUGUAAAAAUCCACAUAAAUAUCUUCUCUACAAGCCAACCUUCUCUCAAUUCAAUUGUUACAUGGCUGCGGGAUUCAAGGAUCUACCAGCUGAUGGAGUGCUUCUUCUCUACCUCUCUGCAGAUGGCCUAAAAUCAAUCAGCAAACUCCAAAAUGAUCACUUACGAGGCAGCGGUUACGAGGUUGGUGGCGUUGUAACAAAUGCUCAACGGGAAUCCACCUCUGUGGUGAAAUCACGGUUCAAAGGUCAAGCUCGGGAACAGCAUUGCAUUUACCCAGGCGACCUCUACGCCUACACUCGUAAGCCCUUCUUCCUCAUAAUUGACAGUGACAACAGUAGCGCCUUUAAGAACUUUCAAAGUCUCUUCGGCCAACCCCUGGUUGUUCUUCUUUCACCCGACACCUUGCCUCCCUUCUUUGAUAACGAGCGCCGAAAAGGCAAUCUAUUUACCCUCUUUCUGCACUGUCCUCUGACGGCGUACUUGCACGUCUGUGGCCUCAAAUCCAUCAGCUUGAAGACGUGGGAACGAGCACAGGCCUUGGUGGACUCUUUCAUGGGCGAGUGCUGUCGGAUUUUGUUCAGAGCAAGGCAUUUGGAUCCAGCUAUCCACCAAUUUCUCUUCGUGGACUUCCUUCGUGUCUUUGUUCUCCGUUUCUGUUUCUGUAGCAUGGUCUUUCGAUUGCAUCGCGACUUUCACGAAUACCCCUUCUCCCAGCCCCCUCUACCCACUGCCGAGCUGAUGGAAAGCUCGCUACUCCAGAAGAUCCUUGCGGACCUCGCAAUGCUGGUCGACUCUCAGAGUCUCUUUGCCACAGCAAGUGAGUUGCGGCGGUGUUUUUUGAUGACUUCACUGCAGCCAUAA